UGUUUUGUAUUUACCGAUGCAAAAUGCUGUUUUUAGUGCGACCGCAGACAAAGGGGAUUACUCUUACGUGUUGUGAAAAGUGAAAUUUUAAAUAUAAUAUUUUGUGUGUGUUUUGUUGCCAUGUCCAGAAUGAAAGCCAGAAGCGAUCCCCAACUCGCGACCGAGCGUUCCAGCCCCCAGUUUUCGGGCGUGGAGAUCCGGGACCGAAUCAUGAUGUCCCUGACGGAGGACGACUUCCAACGGAAGUCGACGUACGGCAGCAUCCAGGACGAGAGGAGGACGUCGUGCUGCUUCGCCGGGGACCAUUUCCUCACCUCCAACAGCCAGGAGUUCGUGCGACGAAGUCUCAGCAUGGACAGCGUUGUCCACGUCGACAUUUCGGACAUUAAUGGAGAAGGAGAUAUUUCUUACGUCCCCCUCUCUCUAAGAAAGUGCAAGAAAACUGUCAUCGCACCCUAUUCCUUUAUUUUAUCUUUCAUUGGUUGGCGGCCGUGGUGUCAAGAUUCAUUGAGCAGGAGGAGUCGCUUCUGGAAGUACUUCAACUGCGUCUAUCCUAUCGUUGUGGUGCUAUUUAUUGUGUGUCAUUAUGUCUUUCAAGUGUUGGGUUGUCAGGGGAAAUUCAACAUUCACUUGGAUGUGCAGCCGUCGAAACCUCCUCCCACACCCAAGGAAUUCAACAUGGAGGGCAAUUGUACAUGGGGCUUGGUGACCUUCGCCUGCCAUGCCAAAUACGUGAUGGCUGCCGUGGAGGUGGCCGCCACGGCGCAGAAAUCGAAAUAUUGCCAGCACAUCAUCCCAACGUAUAUAGUGCCCAGUUGCGUGCACUUCUUGGCCUACGCCUAUGGACUUUAUCAUUUUCGGCUCGUAAAAUGCGAGCAACUUUACUCUUUAAUGGAGAGGGUGUUUUUACAAACCCACUCUACUCACGGUCUUCAGAACGCAUUAGUGCGAAAUUCAAGACUUUUUUUCACAACUGCGAUACUGUGGUUGCUUUGCCAAGUAGGUCUGGAAGUUUUAUAUAAUUUUACAUUCAGUCAAACUAGGUUGGAAAUCUUAGGUAUGACAUACAAGUAUGUAUUCCUGGGCAUUAAAUUCGUUGGUAUGAUCCUGGUUCACGCAGUAAAUGUAGCAGUAGUCAUCAAUUACUGCGUACAGUGUGAAACUUUGAUUCUCUACAUCAAAGGUGUCUGUCUGCGCCUCCAUGAAAAAUCCAUGGAGAUAAAAUCGGCCAUGCACGAAAUUUUAGGUGUUAGAGAGUAUAUCAGUUCACUGAAUGGAAGCGUUGCCAAGAUGAUGAGUCUCUGCAUCGUGAAUUUUACCGAAUUGACAGUAUUAGGUACAGCGUUGCUGUUUUUCAACAAGGAUCCUCGAAAAGAAGUUCUCAGUUACAGAGUGAUUUUUCCUCUUCUUUGGUUCAUAGCACUAAUGGUACCACUGAUACAGGCAGCAAGAUUAACGCGCAUAGGGAGCAAAUUACGCCAGAUAUCAUUCGAAAUGCGAGUCUUCGGUUACCAGGCGUCAUCCAUGUUAGAGCUGGACUCUUUCGUACUGUUUGUCAGCGGCGCUACACUUAGAUCAAAACUAUUUGGAUUUACCAUUCGUUCAUCAACUGUGAUUAUGACCUUUGGACUCUCAGUAUUUGUUCUCGUCACUUUAAUGGUGGUCGACCUAAUUACAGUAUCCGGAUAUUCCGAGAUGUUCUAAACAGCAAUUGCAUCUGUGAUAUUCCCAUGUGAUAGACCUAUGUCACCAAAGUAAGGAAUUCUUACUUAUGUAAAUACUUUUAAGAGUCUCAACUUCUAUGUGACUUAACUAUCAACUUCAUCUGUAAUUAAAUUCUUUACAAAAAUCUUACAUUCAUUCUUGAGUGUGGCACAGACCUCAGAGAUCAAAUAAAU